AUGUACGUACACUUUCAUUUUAUAGAACUUGAAAUUCUCUUUUUAAGGAAGGAGUCAACUUUGGCCUUGAGUGUUUGGCAUGGGUACAAAGACUUAAAAAAGCAGAUGACCAGCUUAGCUACUGACCAUGCUGAUCAGUGUCCGGAAUCAGAUCAAAUCAAAGAAAAACAGCGAAUGGCUUUCUCUUUUAGAAUAUUCGAGCAACACACAAGUCCUGGGCAUGUUUUGCAGAGCUCAUUUGACCACUUAAUCUCUUCUAACUGGUCUGGAUUACAGACAGAAUCGAUACCAGAGAAAAUGAAACAGACUGGUGAGGAACAGGGAAAUAAGCCGCGCUGGGCAGCUCUUCUGAUACUCACGGUGAUAAUACCCACAAUUGGUGGCAACAUCCUUGUUAUUCUGGCUGUUUCACUGGAGAAAAAGUUGCAGUAUGCUACCAAUUAUUUCCUAAUGUCCCUGGCAGUGGCCGACUUGCUGGUUGGAUUGUUUGUGAUGCCGAUUGCCCUCUUAACAAUAAUGUUUGAGGCUACGUGGCCCCUGCCACCUGUUCUAUGCCCUGCCUGGUUAUUUCUUGAUGUUCUUUUUUCUACUGCAUCCAUCCUGCAUCUCUGCGCCAUUUCAGUGGAUCGUUACAUAGCCAUCAAAAAGCCAAUCCAGGCCAAUCAAUAUAACUCACGAGCUACAGCAUUAAUCAAGAUUAUCGUGGUGUGGUUGAUUUCAAUAGGCAUUGCCCUUCCAGUUCCUAUUAAAGGGAUAGAAACUGAUGUGGCUAACCCAAACAACAUCACCUGUGGGCUGACAAAGGAUCGUUUUGGCAGUUUCAUGCUCUUUGGCUCAUUGGCUUCCUUCUUCACACCCCUGGCCAUCAUGAUUGUCACCUACUUUCUCACUAUCCAUGCUUUACAGAAGAAAGCUUACUUGGUCAAAAACAAGCCACCUCAACGCCUAACAUGGUUGACCGUGUCCACAGUUUUCCAAAGGGAUGAAACACCUUGCUCAUCACCAGAAAAAGUAGCAAUGCUGGAUGGCUUUCACAAGGACAAAACUCUGCCCAAUGCAAGAGCUGACAUACUUAUGCGAAGAAUGUCCACAGUAGGAAAGAAGUCAGUGCAGACCAUUUCCAAUGAACAGAGAGCCUCAAAGGUUCUCGGGAUUGUAUUUUUCCUCUUUUUACUUAUGUGGUGCCCCUUUUUUAUUACAAAUGUAACUUUAGUUUUAUGUGACUCGUGCAACCAGAUGACUCUCAACAUGCUCCUGGAGAUAUUUGUGUGGAUAGGCUAUGUUUCCUCAGGGGUGAAUCCUCUGGUCUACACUCUCUUCAACAAGACAUUUCGGGAUGCAUUUGGCCGGUACCUCACCUGCAAUUACCGAGCCCCCACAUCAGUAAAAACCCUUGGAAAAUGCUCCAGUAAUAUCUACUUUCGGAAUCCAAUGGCAGAGAAUUCUAUAUUUUUUAUGAAACAUGGAAUGCGAAAUGGCAUUAAUCCUGCCAUGUACCAGAGCCCAAUGAGGCUCCGAGGCUCAACCAUUCAGUCUUCAUCCAUCAUUUUACUAGAUACACUUCUCCUCACCGAAAAUGAAGGUGACAAAACUGAAGAGCAAAUCAGUUAUGUAUAG